CUUCUGAUUUUGCAUCAAAUGAUGAUAAUAAUUCAGUAAUGAUUAAUUUUGAAUCAAGUGCAACUGCAUUUGAUAAUGAUAUUACUUAUAAAAAUGCAGAUAAGGAAAUAGAUAAGAUAACUAAUUGA